GCAUAGUUCGCUUGUCUCGAGGAGUUUACUACGAUGCCUGGCCGCCAUCUUGGAUCGAAAAGGAUUUAAAACCCAAAAAAGGAAAGGAAAUAAAUAGUUUAUGUUUUAUUAUUUACGCGUAUUUAUUUUAUGUAAUGGACAUGAUAGUUAAAAUAUAAAGGCUUUUACAACGUUUUUAUGAAGUAUCCCCAAGUAUAAUCCUAGUGGAAUAUAUCUUGCAUAUAUUUUGGAGGAGGAAACGGGGUCAGAGAAAUUUCCUUCAUUAGUGCCGAGGUGUUGUGUUUAUGUUCACUUCGCACAUGGCCUCUUCAAAUCCAGGUUCGGAUGUGUCUGACGUGCCUUCUCUGGCGAUGGCGAGUGCCACGGUGAACCAGGCCGGAGGGGGGGCCGUAGUUCUGAAGGGAGCAAACAAGAGGCGAGCCGCCCCAGAUACUGAUGAUGAGGAAGGAAGCAAAGUCUUCAGGUGCGAUGACGACGCAGGAGGGACUAGUGACAAAGAGCGGUUUGCCAGGUAUGUGUGUGAGUUGGUGGGGAUGCCUGGUGGAAUGUGCCCAGAUGGCAUUGGGAAUGAUGGGGGCGGCUCGGGGUCCUGGAGAAGAAAAAAGGCAGUAGGUUGGGCCAGGGGGUGGGAAAAGUGAGAUGCUGUCACUUUUUCUGGUCAUGGAUAUCAUUCAGGUGGACUCGUAUGGCCGCUGACAUAAAUUCUUUAACAAUGAAGGUGUCGCGUUGUUUCCGGGGCUCUCACAGGCUCAUGCCUACAUCCGAAGUUCCAUGCCUGAAAAACACAAGGGCCUUUCCUUCUUGUGUUUUUCUCGCUCUUGCUCAGUAUCCCUGUGUUCUGUUUGUCGUCCACCAAGUUUCUGCUUGGCUUAGAAUGAUGACUUAUUGAUGAAAGAGUGGGAUUACUUUGCAUUUAAGGGCAUUAGAAGUGUAAGGUGAGGUUACGCAGCGCCGGGGUCAUUAUUCCCCCUGACGAUGGUGUCAGGUAUGGCUGACUCUUCCAUGUGCAGCGGUUCCUAUGUACAGAACUGAGACCUCGACAAACCUACCGUGCUUUCAUCUGGAACCCGUACGUGAGUGCAGCGCCCUCUUGGGGCCGGAAGCUGUCUCGCAUGUUGCUGUUGAAAAUGAAGCCAUGCCGUGGCCCACUGGCUGAUGCAGAUCUCAAGCCGUGCUGAUCUGCUCUUUGUCUGUUUUUCCCAUGGACACAUUUCCAAGUAACUCCAUCACAUUUAGCUUAUGUUUCAUCUCUGCUGGAUCUUUAAAAUGUUAUUUUGGAAGGUAAUUGAAUUCUUACGUUUGGUUUGAUUCUAGCAUACAGUCGGCAGGGUAGUAAUGUGAUCGCUUGAAGAAACCCAACCCGUUGCUUGUAUCCAUUCUUCUGACAUUUGAGAGAGAACCACAGCGAGAUCGAACGCCGCCGGCGGAACAAGAUGACGGCCUACAUCACGGAGCUGUCGGACAUGGUGCCCACCUGCAGCGCCCUGGCCCGCAAGCCCGACAAGCUGACCAUCCUCCGCAUGGCCGUAUCGCACAUGAAGACGCUACGCGGGAGUGGCAGCACGGCCCCAGACGGCAGCUACAAACCCUCCUUCCUCACCGACCAGGAGCUGAAACACCUCAUCCUGGAGGCGGCCGACGGCUUCCUGUUCGUCGUGUCGUGCGAGACGGGCCGGGUGGUGUAUGUGUCCGACUCGGUGACCCCGGUGCUGAACCAGCCACAGUCUGAGUGGCUGGGCAGCUCUCUAUACGACCAGCUUCACCCUGAUGACACCGACAAGCUGCGUGAGCAGCUCUCCACCACUGAGAGCAGCACCAGUGGGCGAAUGCUGGACCUGAAGACCGGGACCGUGAAGAAGGAGGGGCAGCAGUCCUCAGUCAGGAUGUGCAUGGGGUCCCGCAGGUCCUUCAUCUGUAGGAUGAGGUGUGGCACGACUGCAGUGGAGCCCAUUUCCAUGAACAGACUUAAUCUCCUGAGGAAUAGGAACCGGAAUGGCCUGGGCCCACCAAAGGAGGGCGAGCCGCAGUACGUGGUGGUGCACUGCACAGGGUACAUCAAGUCGUGGCCCCCUGCAGGGGUGUCGCUCUCUGAUGAGGAGACGGACAGCACCCAGGGAAGCCGCUUCUGCCUGGUGGCCAUUGGACGGCUGCAGGUGACCUGCUGUCCCGGGAACAAGGACAUUGACAGCCUCAGCACUCCUGUGGAGUUCAUCUCCCGCCACAACUGCCAGGGCCAGUUCACCUUCGUGGAUCACCGCUGUGUGGCCACAGUGGGGUACCAGCCUCAGGAGAUGCUUGGGAAAGACAUCUUGGAGUUUGCUCACCCUGAGGAUCAGGGCCUGCUGAGGGAUAGCUUCCAGCAGGUGGUCAAGCUGAAGGGGCAGGUCCUGUCUGUCAUGUUCCGCUUCCGUGCCAAGUCCCGCGAGUGGAUCUGGAUGCGCACCAGCUCCUUUACCUUCCAGAACCCCUUCUCUGAGGAGAUCGAGUACAUCAUCUGCACCAACUCCAACGUCAAUAGAGCUCCGACUCAGGACUCGCUCUCUCCCCUCUCCUCCCCGGGCAUGGCACUGCCACCCUCACAGGGGCAGAACAGCCCUAACUGCCCCCCGGCUUUGAGCCCAGGGCAGGUGACCACCAGGCAGCUCCAGCAGCAGCAGCAGCAGCCCGAGCUGGAGGGCACCAGCCAGGAGUUGGGCUUCUAUGAGUCCAGCCAGGUACCGGUCCAGCCUGUGGCAGCUGGGGGGUCCGACCGCAGCAAGCCUCUGGACAAGGCGGAGCUGUACGCACCAGACAGAGAGGCCCAUUAUCCUGACCUGUUUACAGACCAGCCCAAGGUCCUCACAUCCAGCUCAUCAACACAGAUCUACCCCCAGGGCAGUUCGUACAGCACAGCCCGCUCCACUGACUCCUUCAGGCCGGUGGGAAUGGCUGAACAUUUGGUCCCACCAUCACCCUCCGCUGGGCAAAUGCUGGCCCAAAUCUCUCGGCAAAAUGCCCCCAAUCCCACUUGCCCCUCUGCAGUUCCCCCCAGCAAUAACUGCCCCAUUCAGGCUCAGGCUGGGGCAGCGACAGCAGGCCAGACCUGGGCAGGAAGCAGGUCCUCGUUUAAUCCACAGGUGGCACAGUCCAAGAUCCAGUCACCGCAGUUUGCACUGGGGGGGUUUGCCACUGCUGCAUCGUCCACUUUUAAUGCAGUGCCCAGUACUGCAGCCUCUACCCCAUCCAGCAACACCAGCUACCCCGCCCUCAGCUCCUGCAACAGCGCCCCAGGCAACAGCUUCGCAGACGGAAGUCAUUCGACAAUGCAGUUCCCCUCCAGGGCAGCGGAGGCAGUGUGGCCACAAUGGCAGAGCCAGUCACGUGCACAAGGCACUUCAGAGACACACCCCCAGGCUGGGCAGCCUGAGAUCUUCCCUGACGUGCUAUCCAUGCUCGAUCAGGCUCCAGUCUUCAACAACGAGGACUUCAGCGAGCUACCCAUCUUCCCGCCUUUUCAUGACUGCACAUAGUGCAAAUGUAUCAUUGUGCUUUUGAGUCGUCGCCAUCUAUCCCCGCCCCAAGCCUGUGUUCUCUGUGUUGUGUCUUUUUGUUGAUGUCAGUGUUUCACCAUCUAUCAUGGAGCAGGUAGCAGAGAAUGUGUGACCUGGUAAACAACAGAUUUUACAGAGUUAGAGAUGGAGGAAUUUGGGGGUGGGUGAUGUUGAAUGGUGGGCAAAAUGAGCAGGGUUAAGAGGAGAGGGAAUUUAUUACAGUAUCUACGCACACAGCUGAAAACGCCCAACACUGAGCGGCCAAUCGGGUUGUUCUGAUGCCAUGUGGACUUAGCCUUUAUGUAAAGACUGGGCUUCUCACGGAGACGAGAGCAGAUGGUGUCACCAUGGCAUGUCUCACGCACAACAGCCAUGGAGAAAUACCGUGUUACACCAGCGUGAGAGCAUUUAUCUGGUUCAUAUAUCGUUUGCUUAUUGGGUCUGUGUGUUCAUAGACGCAACCCAAGGGUCACAGGGAAAGCAUGUUGAGCUUGAGAAGAGGUUUGAUGCCAUUUUCGGUUGUCAGGCUAAGAAUCUAACCAGAUGAAUGUGAAAAGCAGUGGUUUCUAGUUCAGUUCUCCUCACACUACAGAUGACGCUUGUAGGUGAUGACAUCACUGCCAACUAUCCUCCCAUAGGAAUGUGAACUACAGGGCUGAGCUCAGCACUUGAUGUCUUACAAACCACAACACCAUCAGUUAGGGCUUUACAGAACCAACACCUAUUGAGGCAUGGACCUCAGUUGCCCGUGAGCCACACUGGGGCACUGCAAAGCCCCCGAUCCCUCCUCCAACCCAUUUUUUUUUUUUUUUUUUUGCAUAUUAGCACAGAAAUGCGCUGUAUUGUUCCAAAGAGCAUUGGAAUUGUGGAUCCACUGAACCUUGUCAAUGUCUUUUUAUGGUUGUUUCAGUCAACAGUAUUUUCAGUGAUGAAAUUUAGCUAAGAAGUCUGGGUGUGAAAUUUAACUACCCGUUCGCUUGGCUAAUACAUGAAAUGUCUAUAUGUGCAAAUCUUAGGACAUGUGUGUCCCUGCACACCUUUGCAUCUGUUUUAAUGAUUCUUGUCAAACCUUCUCCUUGGUACCAGUGCAGUUUCCUCACUCCUGUGUAUGGCCUUUUUUAUCUUUUAAAAGUAUCUAAAAUCUGUUCUUGUGAAUUUUAGGGGGAUGAAAGAUCAAGCAAUAAUUAUCAGCAGGAAUAUCUUAAAGCCAUUCAUGUUGUCACAAUGUAUAUUUUAUUAUGAUUAUUUUGAUACUGAAAGACAAGAAUUUUCCGAUAUAUGGUGAUGCCUGUUUCUGGCUCCGGUCUGUAAUCGAGUCCCGCGUACCCUGCCGCCAUUCACCUACAACGGACCUGCAGGGAGGAUCUGCAGCGGGGAGCCGGCACAGUCCAGUUUCCUCACCACCAGCACCGGACUGGAUCAGAACAGCAGCAGUGACUCUUCCUCUGGUUCUGGGGUGUGAAUUUCGUGCUUCUUGGGAGAGGCUCUCAAAAGUCCUGAAAAUUAUUGUAAAUGAUAUAUAUUUUCUUCUAUCUGAAAUUGUAUGUGUAUAUACAAAUGUGUGAGAUCUCAUAUUCACACAUAUAUGCGUGUGUGUGUGUGUGUGUGUGUGCAUAAUACAGUCUAAGUUGACGUGCGGUUUUCUUUAGCUUCUGGAAGAGGGCGGUGUCUCAGUGACUUCUGUUACGUUUUAAACCACUUGUCUGAUGUCCACAUUUUUAAAAUGAUGUGAAUUGCAGUUUAUAUAAUUCAUAGAUACUCACAUGAAUAUAUGUACACAUGAAUUGUGGGGGGAAGAAAAAAAAUACAUUUUUUAUUAAAUUGUCAAGAAACA